AUUGCAUUGAUGAUAAAAAUGAGUGAUAUCACAACAAAAACCCUUCGUAAACUACGUGUAUAAAUGGCCAAGUAAAAAAAAUAUAUUAGAUCUUUAAGCACAGUAAAGAUUCAAUGUCAUGAAUAAAUGCUGCAUAAUAAAAGAGCUUAAAUUGAAACCGGAAAAUAUAGACGAUACCUUCUGGAAGAAAUAUAUACAAAAAUCAGAGCAAGCUGCAAAUAAACGUUUAAGACCAAAAAUGCAACACAGAAGGACUGAAAGUAAUGGUAUCGAGAGUGAACCGGAAAAGGAAAGUGAAGUUGAAUCAAAAAUAGUGAGGAAUGUGGAAGAUCCUGAUGUUUGUGUAAACGACUCUGGAGUAGAGUCACCAAAAUCCCGACAACAAAUGUCUGUCAAAAGAAAAAAAAUGUCUUUUGAAGACAAUUUAUUACAAAUGCUGGAAGGUCGAAAAGUUGAAGAUCCAGUAUCUUCUUUUCUUAUGUCGUUGGCGCCACAAAUUAGAAAGUUAUGUCAAGAAAAACAAAAUCAAAUUUUUAUUGAAUUCUUGCAGGCCAUACAAAGAGUUUCUUCUACAAAUCCUAACCAAAGACUAGAUACUAACCAAUCGGUAUCUGCAGCUGUAAAUGCUGCCAAUCCACAUCAGUGCUCUAAUUAUGAUACAAAUUUGUCUCAAACAAUAACUGUUCCUGAUUCUCCAUUGACUACACACUUAAUCAAGACUGAAGAAGACUAAUGAAUAUGAAAAUACUAAAUAGAAUGUAAACUUUUGUAAUUUGUUUAUAUAUGUUUUUUUUAUAUAACAGAACUUAAG